UGGAUAGAUUAAACCCUAAAUCCCCUUCUCCCUUGUCUGCAUCUUCAAUUCCAGAGUUUGCAUUUUCAAUUCAAGAGUGGGGACACAACAACAGAUUUAAGAAAAGGUGAAGGGGCUUUAAAAAUUUGGGGGAAAUAGCGUAAUGAUCAAUUUCGACAGGUAUGAAUCGGGCGGUUGGUGCAUCCGGCAAGCGGAAGAGAGGUGCAGCAGGUGCACCACCUCUAUCAAGUGAUGAGCAGAUGAUCCUUGAUUUGAUCCUCAGCAAAGAGGGUUCCGGCAUUCAUUCGAAAGAGAUCAAGUAUCAGACUAAGAUCCCUACCCCCAUCUUCAAUAAAGCAAUCAAGACUCUGGAGGCUAAAGCUCUUAUUAAAGAGGUGAAAGGCAUUCAUCGAGGUGGUGCAGCAAGGAAAAUCCUCAUGGGAGCCGACUUCACGCCCUCUGACGUGGUUAGUGGAGGCAUCUGGUAUUCAGAGGGGAAGAUCGACACCCAUUUUGUUGAUAGUCUCAAAACCAUUUGCUGUAUGCUCGUGAAAAAGAGCAAGGUUGCUACUCUGGAGGGGCUCCACAAGAUCGUGCAGGAGAGGCGAGUGGCGAAAGUUGAAAUCCCUAUGCCGCAGCUGGCUGAGUUGCUGACUUCUAUGGUGCUGGACAAUAAAUUAGUGGAGGUGAAGAGCAAUGGUUUGGGAGAUUUUUCUCGGAUUCCUAUCGGAGAAACGUGUUACAAGCUCCCAAGUGCAGCAGCAGGGGGGGCUGCAGAGACUUCAAUCGCAGGUGCAUUCGCUUCGAUUCCUUGUGGUAUGUGUCCUAGGAUUGCUUUGUGCACACCCGAUGGGGUCAUCUCCCCGACUACUUGUGUGUAUUACAACAAGUGGUUAGACAUCAAACUCUAAGCUCCUAACUUAUUUUUGUUGAUAUACAUGUUUUCUUGAGACACUUUGCAUUGGUGGAUAUUGGGUGGUUGGUCUUGUGUCUUAUAGAUAGUCCAUUACUUGAUCUUGUAGAACUCGAUGACAUUAAUUCUUUGAAAUCAGUAUUAGAAUAUUCUUUUACAA